UUGGCACGGCCGCAGCCUGAGUCCCGUGGGUCGGAGAGUCCGUGGCCCCUCUCUUCCACGCGUCCCCGUCCCCCCGUGGCGUGGCCCCAGCCCCGGCCAUGAAGCGCAUCUUCUCUUGCUCCAGCUCGCAGGUGGCGGUGGAGAAAUGGAACCGCCGUGACCAGAAGCUGCUGGAUGCCGUGCAGCGGGGGGAUGUGGGACGCGUGGCUGCCCUGGCCUCCAGAAAGUCAGCCCGACCCACCAAGCUGGACCCCAGUGGCCAGUCACCGUUCCAUCUUGCAGCCUCCAAAGGCUUGACAGAAUGUCUGACGCUGCUGCUGGCCAAUGGGGCUGAUAUCAACAGCAAGAAUGAGGAUGGCAGCACCGCCCUGCACUUGGCCACCAUCUCCUGCCAACCUCAGUGCGUUAAGGUCCUACUGCAGCAUGGAGCCAAUGAAGAUGCUGUGGAUGCGGAGAACCGAAGUCCGCUGCACUGGGCAGCCUCCUCUGGCUGUGCUUCCAGUGUGCUCCUGCUGUGUGACCAUGAAGCCUUCUUGGAUGUCCUAGAUAACGAUGGACGUACCCCGCUGAUGAUUGCAUCCUUGGGUGGCCAUGCUGCCAUCUGCUCACAGCUGCUGCAGAGAGGCGCCCGUGUCAACGUCACGGACAAGGAUGACAAAUCGGCGCUGAUCCUUGCCUGUGAGAGAGGCAGUGCAGAGGUGGCAGAACUGCUUCUGAGCCAUGGAGCUGAUGCAGGGGCCCUGGACAGCACCGGCCAUGAUGCUCUGCAUUACGCCCUGCGAACUCAGGAUCAGGCACUGUGGGAGCUGCUGCGGCAGGCCCUAGACAGACGGCGGCGACGGGGAGGUCAGGGGCUAGUUCAACAUCCAGAUGCUGUGUCCAAGGUCUCUGCCAAUGAAUCUCAGGCUAGCUGCAGCUCUAGGAGUCCAUGGAGAGCGGAGCUGGAGGCGGAGGAGCAAGGAGAGGAGGAGGGCGAAGACCCUUGCCCAGAGAAGUGGAGGAGCAAAUAUGAAGAGGAGCAGAGGAAAGUGUCUCAGUUGGAGCAGGAGCUGGAGCUGAAGACGGAAAUGUGCAGGGCUCAGGCAGAAGCCUAUAUGGACCUGGAGAACCAGAUCAGAGAACGAGUGCAAGAGCUGGGGAGCCUCUUAUCCCGGGAGCCAGGCACAGGGGGUGGCCAAGGCUGCAGCGACAGGCCCGGAGGGGACGGUAUGGAAGAGGGCGGUCCGCUGGACCUGUUGGCUGAGCGCAUACAGGAGCUGAAGAGACAGCAGCAGGCCACAGGGCCAAAUUCUCCCUUAGCUCCCUGCGCUGCAGAGAAGCCACAUAGCGGUCAUGGAGGGAUCCAGCCAGAAGUACAGGGACCCCUGCAGAGUCCAAAGUCUGAGACCGUCAGGGAAGUCACAGGACAGGUAGUGACGCCCUGGGAGGCACAGGCCCUGAGCCCUAAGCUUGCCCAUCAGUUGCAGACAGGCCAGAAGGGGAGAGAGCAGGCCUCAGGGGUGGAACCAGCGGUGGAGCCCGGGGGCUCUGCAGCUCUGAACCAGCUUCUGCUACAGCUCAGGGAUGAGCUAGCGGCCGUGUGGCGAGAAAAGGAGGCUGCCCGGGGAGCACUGUCCAGGUCGAGCCAGGAGGGAGUUGUGAGUGUCCCCAAGGCGGAGGCUGCGGCUGCUGCCUGGGAGAAGAUGGAAGCCAGGCUGGAGAAAGUGUUGGUGAGGCUGGACCGGGCUAAGAUGGGGCUGCAAGCAAAUGCUGAGGGGCAGGGAACCCCUGGAGCUGUGGCUGAGACGGAAGAGACGGAAGUGGGGGUGCCAAAAGCCCCAGGGGUCCGAGGAGAACCUUUGGGGGGCCCUGGAGGGGAGCAGGUGGCUGGAGGUGGCGCGGGCAAGGUGCAGCUGGAGAAGGAGGUGUCGGCGCUGAGGCAGAGCAACAGCAACUUGCUGGAGGAGCUGGGCGAGCUGGGUCGAGAGCGACAGCGGCUGCAAGGGGAGCUGCGGGCCCUGAGCCAGCGGCUGCAGCGCGAGUUCGUGCCGAAGCCCGAGGCUCAGGUCCAGCUCCAGCAACUGCGGCAGAGCGUGGGGCUGCUGACCGACGAGCUGGCCACGGAGAAGGAAGCCACAGAGAAGUUACGGGCACGCCUGGCUUCGCAGAACAGCGAGCUGCGGGGGCUCUGGGACUGCCUGCCCCCCGAUCUGGUGGGCACGGGGCCCGGGGCGCCCGCCGACCCCUUGCAUCAGUUGCAGGCCUGCGUGCGAGCCUUGGUGCAAGGGCACUGCGAGGCCCAACAGGUGCUGGCAAGGCUGCGGGAGGAAAAUCAGCAGCUUCGGGGCUCGGCCUCGUGGUCGGGGGACCCCAGCGUCGUCUCCCCCGAGGUCGCAGCCGUGCCCCAGGUGGCGGCCCUGGAGCAAGACCUGGGCAAGCUGGAGGAAGAGCUGCACGCCGUGCAGGCCACGAUGCGCGGCAAGAGCCAGGAGAUCGCCAAGCUCAAGCAGCUGCUCUACCAGGCCACGGAGGAGGUGACGGAGCUGCGGGCCCGGGAGGCGGCCAGCCUGCGGCAGCACGAGAAGACCCGCGGCUCGCUGGUGGCCCAGGCCCAGGCGUGGGGCCAGGAGCUGAAGGCGCUGCUGGAGAAGUACAACGCCGCUUGCCGCGAGCUCAGCCGCCUGCGCAACGAGGCCGCCGACGAGCGCCGCGGGGCCGCCGAGCAGGAGCGUCGAGCCGAGGAGCUGCGAGCGCGCUCCGAGCAGUUCGAGAAGACGGCCGGGGCGCUGCGGGACAAGGUGGAGCACCUGCUCGGGGCCUGCCGGGACAAGGAGGCCAAGAUCAAGGAGCUAUUGAAGAAGCUGGAAAAGCUCUCUGAGGAAGUACUUGCAGUUAGAAGUGAGAAUGCCCAUCUGGCUGUGCAGCUACAGGAUUCCCAGAAGAAUCAUCAAGAGAUCAUCUCCACCUACAGAAACCAUUUGCUGAAUGCAGCUCAGGGCUACAUGGAUAAGGAGGUGUACAAUAUUCUACUGCGUAUUCUCAGCAAACAGGAGGACUGAGGCAGCCUGUAACUCGAGGGAGAUGGGGUUUCUCUAUCAAUGUAAGACCUUUCCUGAUUACCAAGACCCUGGUGCUGGGGUUUUGGCUACAAGGGUCAUCAUGGGGUGGUGUCAACUGACCAGGACUGCUGACCUGAGGACCUGAGCCCUGAAAUCAACAUGGAUGAGGCCCAGGAUGUGUUCGCGAAAGCCAGCUCUAUGGGAAAUAAAGCCAGAGACAGGAUGGUAUCUGUCUAAAGUCAGAGGGGAGCCAGACAAGAAAUCUAUUUUUUUAAUAAUACAAAUGGCCCCUGAAUUCAGAGGUUUACAAUCCUUUAUUAUGAUCCAUUGCAUAUAUUUUAAUACGGAUAUGCAUAUCUGAAGUAUUAGUAACCUUUACUCUAUUUUCUGCUAUUACACAACACUAAAAAAAUACUGAUCACAAAGAAAACUAUUUUAUAGAAAAUUGAAGAAGCUAAGGGGGGGGGGGCAGAAGGGAAAAUGCUUUACAUCACAAGACCCACAAUCUGAAAACGGCCCUCCUUGAAAAUGGGUGUAACAUUUUUCCUUUCUUUUUCUCAAACCUUUUCUGAAGGGUCUACAUAGCUCUCCUUUUCAUGUGGAAUCCAUGAUAUUUUUAAAGAUCAAGGCUAAAUCAGGUAACUAGAUUGGAAAGAAAUUUGAUUUCUGGGGAGGAAAGAGGGAAUACUCAGAGCUGGAUUCUUCUCAACCACUCAGUUCUCAGAUUGUUUAAAAAAAAAGUCCCUUUUGGUCACUUCACUGGAGCCCCUCCCCUUCUUGCCAAUCCCACCACCAUCACCAUCACUACAGUGAGGUGAGAGAGGCUGAAUCCCCAGAGUCUGGCCCCACAAGGCUCCUCCCACCACCUCACUCCAGCAGCUGAGUUUGGCAAGAGGAAGGCAGGAAAGAGUUGGACUGGGAGGAUCCGCAGGGAGGAGUUGCCUUGGAAGCCUUGCUGCACCAGGGCAGCAGAGCCUGGCCAGGAAAGCAGCUACAGACACAGGGUCCCAGCCAAGGGGAGGGUCUUCCUGAAGGCCUGCGUAGCUGAAAGAGGUUCUGCUUGAAGGCUGGGUAGAGGAAAGAGGAGGGACAGAGGAAAGUGAGAAGGAGCAGAGGAAGAGCAGUAAUCUCCAAAUGGUUUCUGCUAAGGGGGAAGAGAACUUUUUCCUUCCUGUUUUUGGAGUCACGAAUAUAAAUGUUGCACCAUUCACAUAUUUUAGCUGUGUGGUGUGAGAAGAAAGAAGCUGUCCAGAACAGGAUCAGAAGAGAUAGUUUGGCAAAGCUCAAACAGGAACCAGGAAAAGGCCUUGGGGCCUGGUUAGGGAAUUCUGGAAGCUGAUCCUAAAUCAUUCCUGCCACGAAGGGGGUUAGGGGUGGAGGCGGAAGCUAGUGUUAACACAGGCCAACUUAACUUGGGUUCUGUGAACCAUUUCCUCUCUCCACAAACCUGUGAACUUUUAGCCCAACAGCACUAAGUCCUGAAAUGGUCCCUUGUCUCGUAAAUGCAUCUUUUCUGAAGUAACUCGGGCUCUUUCUGGUUAUCUGAUGGAGCCUAUGGCUACCCAGCUUCCAGGCUUCAGAUCCUGGCAAUGAAAGAGGAGAGUAUGAAGAUUAGUGGUCCAGGAAGAGUUCAGACUACAUCACUAAAUGCCCUCAUGAGGACUGGAGAACUACAAUGGGGGUAAAGAACUGGCCUUGAUGCACUCCAUACAAUUUUGAUGCCUAGUGGUGAAUAGGGUCUUCAAGCACAACAUUGGGA